AUGGGGAGCUCAGCCUCAUCUCUCGCUGCAGAGACUGAGUCGGACCAUGGCUUCAGGAGCACCCCCUACUCAUCAUCACCACCCACUGUGGGCUGGCUCAGGAACAGCCACAGCAGUCCCAUGUGGGGUACCACCUUCAUCACGCGGCAGCAGCAGCACCCACUGCCUCACCGAGAGCGCAGCCACUCUCACUCUCCUGGCUCCAUGGCAGCAGCAGUGCAAGGCAGCGAGUGGUCAUGUGGACGCUGCACCUUCCUAAACACGGGUUCGGCACCUCGCUGCUCCAUCUGUGAGGCACCGCGCCAGAAACCUGAUCUCAACCAGAUCCUGCGGCUGAGCAGCACAGAGGAACGUCGCUGGACCUGUCCACACUGUACGCUCAACAAUCCCCAGGGAUCCGGAGCCUGUUCUAUCUGUGGUUUUGGUUCAUCCUCUGCCCCUCACACUUCCCCUACCACCACCGUAGCCGUCACUGUCAUUUAUCUUCCCUCCAAAAUAAUCCUUUGCCCUGCAUCAGACGAGAGGUACCCCCUCCAGGGCGCCCUCAGAAUCCUGGAACUAACACUCCCAGCCCCACCUCCCCUUCAACAGCCAUUGUGCCACCACAGCCAGGCCCACAACGACCAGCCAAGCCCCAGCAUGCACAGCCCCAGGAACCUUUGUACCCCAGCAAGCGCCUUAGCAUUUUGGAAGAGGAAGACCCACCGAGCCACCCAGUGACUAACCACCUUUCUUCCUCUGCUUCUUCCACCUGGAAGUGUCCGAGCUGCUCUUUGCCCAACCCUAGUGGCUCAUCAAAGUGUGAGGCCUGCAGAUCAUCAAGAGCUGGUGCCGACCUCAUUGACCUGGUAGGCUGUGAAACGGUACGAUUUACUCCAGCCAGCCCUUCUAGUCCCGACUUUAGCACCUGGGCUUGCUCCAAGUGCACCCUGCGCAAUUCUACAGGCGCACACAAAUGCUCUGCUUGUGGUUCUUCCAAACUGCACGGCUUUCAGGAGCAACAGCCCUCAUUGCCCCGCUGCUGUACAAACUGUGGCCUCACAACAGGGUCUAGCAAUGCAUCAUGCUCUUGCACACCUUCCUCCUCAGGUCAUAAAACACGGAAACAGGCCCGAGGUUUUCCUCCCUUUUCAUCUGCUGUUGCUUCCUCCCCUUCCUCUUCCUCGUCUAACUUUCAGGAGAAGGUAGGACAGUGGAGCUGCCCAGCAUGUACACUUCUCAACGACAUCAAGGCCAAGAACUGUGCAGCAUGCCACACACCCCAGCAGUACCUCACCCUUCGCAAGGUGGUUAAGCCUCUAAAAAGGAGGGAGAGCAUGCACGUGGAAGCCAGGCGACGAAACGAUGAGGGUGAAGCUACGGAGCUCUGGGAGAACAUUGUUAGCUUCUGCAGAGAGAACUCUGUGAACUUUGUGGAUGACAGUUUCCCCCCGGGACCUCAUUCUGUGGGCUUCCCCGAGGGCGACAGCGUCCAGCAGCGAAUCAAAAAGUGGCUGCGCCCCCACGAGAUCAACUGCAGUAACUUCAAAGGUGUCAAAUGGUCCGUCUUCCGCACGCCGAGGCCCUCCGACAUCCUCCAAGGACUUCUUGGAAACUGCUGGUUCCUGAGUGCUCUGGCAGUGUUGGCAGAGCGGCCAGAGCUGGUGGAAAGAGUGAUGAUCACUAGGACCAUUUGUCCUGAGGGGGCCUACCAGGUUCGGCUGUGUAAAGAUGGAACGUGGACGACGGUGCUGGUGGAUGACAUGUUGCCCUGUGACGACUACGGCUACCUCCUCUUUUCCCAGGCUCAGAGGAAACAGCUGUGGGUGGCUCUGAUUGAGAAGGCCCUGGCCAAACUCCACGGCUCCUACUUUGCCCUGCAGGCGGGGCGUGCCAUCGAGGGCCUCGCCACACUAACUGGGGCUCCCUGUGACUCCCUCAUGCUCCAGGUCAGCUCCACCAACCCCCGUGAGGAACCCAUCGACACAGACCUCAUCUGGGCCAAGAUGCUCAGUUCCAAGGAGGCUGGGUUUCUGAUGGGAGCCUCGUGUGGAGGAGGCAACAUGAAGGUAGACGAUGCUGUUUAUGAGUCUUUAGGUCUAAGACCUCGGCAUGCUUACUCCAUCUUGGAUGUUCGAGAUGUCCAGGGAUACAGGUUGUUGAGGCUGCGUAACCCGUGGGGUCGCUUCUCCUGGAACGGCAACUGGUCGGACGAGUGGACCGACUGGCCUCAGCACCUCCGUCAUGAGUUGAUGGCUCAUGGCAGCAGCGAAGGAGUCUUCUGGAUGGAGUACAGUGACUUCAUAAAGUACUUUGACUCAGUUGACAUCUGUAAGAUCCACUCAGACUGGCAGGAAGUGAGGCUGCAAGGCUGCUUCCCCAGCAAAGCCAGCAGCCCGAUCACCGUCACAGCUCUCACUGUGCUGGAGAGGACAGCUCUGGAGUUUGCCCUCUUCCAGGAGGGAAGCAGGCGCUCCGACACAGCUGACAGCCACCUACUGGACCUGUGUAUCAUGGUGUUCCGUGCCUCCUUCGGCAGCAACAACAAGCUGACUCUGGGGCGCCUGCUGGCGCACAGCAAGCGAGCGGUGAAGAAAUUUGUCGGCUGCGAUGUCAUGCUGGAGCCAGGGGAGUACGCUGUUGUCUGCUGCGCCUUCAAUCACUGGCAGAUGAAUGUCAGCUUGGUGGGAGGCUCACCCACACCCAUCUCAAGCCCCACCAGUGGAACAUCACGACGGCCCAGCCAGGACUUCCCUGGUUACAUUCUGGCCAUCUACAGCUCCCGACAGGUGAUGGUGGAGCAGGUGGAUGCCACUCCUACCACGCUAGCUGACGCCAUCAUUCUGCUCACUGAAAACAAAGGAGAAAGACACGAGGGCCGCGAGGGCAUGACAUGUUACUACCUGACCCAUGGCUGGGCGGGGCUCAUCGUUGUGGUGGAGAACCGCCACCCUAAGUACUACCUCCACGUUUCCUGCGACUGCACCGACAGCUUCAAUGUGGUGUCCACGCGCGGCAGCCUCAAGACCAUUGACAGCGUACCACCUUUACACCGGCAGGUGCUGGUGGUGCUCUCUCAGCUGGAAGGAAAUGCUGGUUUCUCCAUCACCCAUCGUCUGGCUCACCGUAAGGCAGCCCAGGCUUCCCUGGGGGACUGGACUCCAACCAAGGCCACCCACAGCCCCCAGCUCACCCCGGAAAUUGACGGCCUGCACCGGCCCAGGCCGCUAUGACCCCCGCCCCUCUAUCUCUCGACCUAUAGAUUCUAAUCCAAUUAACUGUCUGAGCGCUGAAAAAUAAGGCGAAGGUGGAGACGUUUUGCCCAGAGCCCAAAAAUGUAGAGGAAGAUGUGCUUUUUGUGUCUUUUUUUUUUAUGUAAACAUGAAAGUAAAAGCUACACGGGCAGCUCUUGCUGUCCUUUUAACGCCCCGUCAAGAAAGCAAUUGUUUUUUUGUUUGUUUUUUUAAAUCAUUCGCCUCCUGCCAAGUGGACGUGCCAUGUCCGGGUGGAAUGAGGGAAACAUCACCUUUUUUAAAAUCAUC